UGAUGCGUACUGGUGAUUGUGUGGAAAAUGAUGGUAAAUUUCAUUUUCAUCACCAUCACCAUCAUCAUUAAGUAAAGUUUUGGGUGGCUGUUUUUGUAGUUCCGCGCAACGGUGCUGAUUGUCGUACCACGCGGAGUGAUAAAAUCGGGUCAACAUCCUAUGAAAAGCAAGCAUGCAUAUUGUGCGUUCAGUGGCAGCAGAGGUGGUUUGAUGUGAUUGCGUUUGUUUUGUGUUUGUGUGUGUUCGGUGUACCUGGAGUCCACCGAGUUAAGCAGGCAAAAACUGGCACACGAGUAAGGUGUACCUGAGAAGAAUUCCUUCCCAAUACCGCGUGGUGCGUUAAGAGUGAAAGUUUCGGUGUGUUUGAAUGCGUAAAAUCGGGCGUGAAAAAUGAAUAACAACAGUUCGCGUACGCAUCUGCCCUGGAUGUUCAACAACUCGCUGGCCAUCCGCCAGGAGAUUCAGCGGUUCGAGAGCGUCCAUCCGUCAAUCUACGCCAUCUACCACCUGAUCGAUCUCAUCCCGGACGUGCAGGUCGCGCAGCAGAUCCGAGAUCAUGUCGUCUGCAUAGAAGAUUCGUUCGUCAACAGCCAGGAAUGGACCAUCUCACGAUCCGUGCCGGACAUCCGGCUCGGUAUCGUCGGCAGUCUCAGCUCGGGCAAAUCGGCCCUGGUGCACCGCUAUCUGACCGGCACGUACAUGCAGGAGGAAUCGCCCGAAGGUGGCCGGUUCAAGAAGGAAAUUCAGAUCGACAAUCAAAGCUACCUGCUGCUGAUACGGGACGAAGGUGGACCACCAGAGAUACAGUUCGCUGCCUGGGUAGAUGCAGUAAUCUUCGUCUUCAGUCUGGAUAAUGAGUCCAGCUUCAAUGCGAUCUACACCUACUACAACCGGAUAGCGCAUCACCGCAAUACGGCCGAAAUUCCGUUUAUUCUCGUUGGAACACAGGAUGGAAUCAGUGAGCGAGCGCCACGAGUAAUUGAUGAUGCAAGGGCGCGAAAGUUGGCGCAAGAUUUAAAACGGUGCACCUAUUACGAAACCUGCGCCACCUAUGGACUAAACGUGGAACGAGUAUUUCAGGACGCCUGUCAGAAGAUCGUCCAGCAGCGUCUCUCGACCGGUUCCACGAUAACGCCAACCAAUUCGCGUCCCACCACACCGCAAGGUACGCGGCUCGGUGUGGCCAGCUUUCACCCGUCAGUUCCUAGCCCCACGAAUGGGUAUUCCGGUGGUGCGGCCAAUCCCGGACCGACUGGUGGUCUAACGCUUGGCAACAACUCAUCGCCCAGUCAUCAGCAGCAUCCACAGAACCAUCAAACCGGCGGCACGAUGACACUGCCCCAUCGGCAUCACGUCCUGUCCGCCUCGAGCCAUCACAUUCCGAUCAAAAUCAGCCAGGAGCUGAUCAAUGCCGAGGUGGCACAGCAUCACCACGCGGUCGGUGCGAACGGCGGCAGUGCACAGAAGUGGGGAACGAUCUCGCACGGCACAUCCCAGCAGGCACUGCUGGCAAUGACGAACGAAAACAACAACAUUGCCAAGUUUGUCCCACCGACGCAUCCCGUUUCGGCCGGACCAACCGAUACGCUGCAACCACUCGGACUGUCCGCGAAGGAUAGUAGCAGCAGUGGCGGUGGUACGGGCAGUGGUAAGGAUGGCAAAGAUGGCAAAGAGUUGCCAACACCGACGUCGACACCGACCACGUCGCGCAAGAGCCGCCGAAGAUCGAACCUUUUCAUCCCGUCGUCCUCGAAGAAGGAGCAACAGCAGCAGGAAAAGAUCAAGAACGGUGAGCUCGGUUCGGGCCGGGCCAUCCCGAUCAAGCAAGGCUAUCUGUACAAGCGCAGCAGCAAAUCGCUCAACAAGGAGUGGAAGAAAAAGUACGUCACGUUGUGCGAUGAUGGGCGGCUCACGUACCAUCCGUCCCUGCACGACUACAUGGAGGACGUGCACGGGAAGGAGGUAUCGCUGCAGUACGUUACGGUGAAGGUACCGGGGCAGAAGCCGCGCGGUACGAAGUCCAUCAUCACGAACAGUGCACUAACAGCUGCGGCUGCUGCUGCCGCCCAAGCGUCCAGCAACGGUACGAACGGUUCAAAUGGGCAGGCGGGAGGUAGUAACGGGCUUACCGAGGGUAUAGGAGGUCUUUCGCUUGCCAAGGAUCGCAAGUGCACGGAGAAGGCCCUGAUAACGGUGUUCGAUACGUUGCGCGAACCGGUCAAAUCAAACUCGCAAACCAGCGGCGACGAAGGUAUCGUGAUCAGUAGCAGCAACUCCCAGGGCUUCCUUGGAUGUGACAGUAGCAACGCAGGCGGUACCGGUGGUGGUAGCAAGAUCGAUGCUCAAACGCCAAACGUAAAGAAACGUCACCGGCGCAUGAAGAGCAGUGGUGUGGGGAAGAACAGUGAAUAUGAUGAUUCCGACGGGUUCGAGUUCUACAUCGUAUCGCUGGAUAACAAGCAGUGGCACUUUGAGGCGUCCAAUUCGGAGGAACGGGACGAGUGGGUUUCGGUGAUAGAGCAGGAAAUCUUCAAGAGCUUGCAGGGCAUUGAGUCGUCCAAAUCGAAACCGCUCAAUCCAAGCGAUAUCGCCUCGAUGCAAUCGAUCCGGAGCCGCGUACCGGGCAACGGUUACUGCGUUGACUGUGACUCACCAAAUCCUGAAUGGGCCAGCUUGAAUCUGGGUGUUUUGAUGUGCAUCGAGUGUUCGGGCGUGCAUCGAAACUUGGGCUCGCACAUCAGCAAAGUGCGAUCGUUGGGUUUGGACGAAUGGCCUCCCGGACAUUUGAGCGUGAUGCUAGCGAUCGGCAACAGCUUAGCGAACUCGGUGUGGGAGGCAAACACACGCGGACGGGUGAAACCGACACCGGCAAGCUCCCGGGAGGAGAAGGAAGCGUGGAUACGAAGCAAGUACGAGGGCAAAGAUUUUCUGCCCCACUUUAACCCAUCACCGCCGAUCGGUCAACAGCUGUGCGAAGCCGUUGUGCGUUCGGACAUGAAAUCCAUCAUCAUCCUGCUAGCGAACGCAUCGAAUGAGCAUAUCAACUCGACCGCUAGCAACCGUGAUCUCCGGACGCCAUUACUGUUGGCCUGUGCAAUUGGUAAUCUCGCCAUCUCGCAGCUACUGAUAUGGCACCACGCCAACCUAAAGCACGUUGAUAGCGAAGGCCGCUCGUGUUUAACGUUCGCCAAGGCGGCCAACUCGCUGGCCGCAGCCAAACAGGCAACCAACUCGCCCCAUCACGUAAACGUGGAAACGACGACGGCGCUGGUCGAGCUGCUGACCAGCCUCGGCUGUACCGAUCCGGCGCCGUUCUCUGCCAGCGGUACGCUACCCCGCCGUAGGGAAACCAUCGAUCAGGCCACGUUUGAAAAGUUUUCCUCCAGUGUGAUCUAAAAUGGAGGCCAACGCCACGCCACGUAAUGUUGUAAAUGUUUGUAGCAUAAUAAUAGUAACUAGUGGCUAUAUAUUAGACAAAUUUUCUGAGGAACGCAAUCUCAAGCCGGCGCUAUUGUUUAUUUUUCUGUUGUAUUAGGACGCGUGGGAAAAAGAAAGCUUACUAGCAGUAUAUUUAGUUUUUGCUCAGAAUUAUCCUCUGUGUUUACCUGUACAAGAUAAGGCAAUAGGACGUAAUUGAUAGUGGUGCAAAAACACAAAGGCAGUACGUUUUUGUUUAGCGUAUAGCAAAAAAGUAAAACAAACCGAACGCAUCGGUUACAUUGUGAUCCGUUUUAAGUCGAGUGUAUAAUUGGGAAGCUUCUCUGUUUCAUGUGCAAGCUACAUUCAAUUACAUGUACAUAAUUUGUGCUCUUAGUUUUCUUUAAGUUCCCUCACAGUACCGUCUCGUGUUUUUUGUUUGUUUGCCUAAGGCACACACAGUUAACAAUCGAUAUCCCGCUAUAGUUCGUACAGUGUGUGUGAAUGUGGUUAAAAAACUAUUUUGAUUUAGCAAAGAUAAAUUGUUUUUAAGAGGGCUUUAAAUAUGGCAAGCGCGCGUGUAACAGAAUCAUCUCCCCGGGCGUUUAAGUUUUAGAAUGGUUAUGUAUGUUUAUUUUAGCUUUAAACGUGUAAGGCUUCAUAAUGUACCAUGUAAAACGGGAACUCCAUCAGGCAUGGUAUGUUUGAUUUGUUUAAAAGAGGCAAAAUUUUGAGAUGAAACUGUUACACUUUCUGGACUGGUACCAUAAAUGUACGUAUGUAUAUUUUUUUAAUCAUCUUCAUCAAUGCAUUGAUCCUUAAAGAAGCUCGAGUUUAGGUUUUGUCGUACGCAGUAUUUUGUUAAUUGUUGCAAUCUUUUUGUACUGUUUUCAGUUCCUACUUUUUCCCCUUAAAUUGCUACAGUCACAAAUCCUUGAGAACAACUAUUCAGUACAGUCCCACAUACCUAAUCGAAGGGAAAUAUGGUAGUUCCUAACUAUUCCACACACCCUUUUUGUUAGUAUUUUGAUUGUUAGAAGCAACAAAACAGCUCGAUUUAGUCUCAUGAAGGAAAGGAGUACAUUAGCAUAAGAGGCACCAGGAAAAUAGAGCAAACAGAUAGCAAAAGUGACAAUUAUUAUGUUUUACCAUGUUAUCGAGUGUCGGUAUCGUGAACAAAACGAAAAAAAUACAUGCCAAAAGUGGUCAGUAAUUUCCAAUCGGGAGUGCCGAGUUAGAUUGAUUGCUCUUGCUGUUCCAUAGUCGAGUGCAUCCAUUAAAUAUGCCAUAAAAGGCCGGUGUGUAAGCAAGCAGAGAAUUAAAUGUAUUUGCACAGACAUAGUAUAACACAUAGCAGCAAACAAUUACCAGCACGCAGCAGCAGCAGCACCACCACCACCAACAUCCCCCCAACAAGUGUAUCCCACAUCCCGCAAAACAACAGAGCCACUGCACCACUGCAAAACCUUCUCUCUUUGUCUCGUACCUAUAGUUGGAUACAGUAGUACAGUGGGUAGAUUGUACGGAUCAUCGUGUCUUUUGUGCGGAGUGGGACGCAAACGGUUUUGGCAGAAACCGAGGCUAACCUCAUAAAUUAAAACAAAAAAACUCAACUCCCGCUCCUAGUUAGAGAAACAGACAGAUAAAAAUACACAUAACUAACAUUUAGCAUUAAAGAAACAUGAAAGCUCUCGAGUUUAUAAUAACACUACACAAAGAAAAGAAAAAGCAAACAGUGCAGCAAAAUCGUAAAACGUUAAAGUAUCGACAGUUUAUAGUAAACACCUAGAGUAGUAUAGCAGAGAGAGAGAGAUUGUAUUAAAAACAGAUGCAAACACAAGUAACAAAGCAAAAAAAAGUAAAGGUAACAUCACCCAAAACAAAUAUUUAACAAAGUAUCUAGUAUAGCAGAUGAGCCAAUGUUGAAAUAAUUACACAAAAUCAAUAACAAACUCCGUUACAAAAUUGCUAUCCUUCUAUCCCUCACUUUCAAAUAUUAACACAAACAAAUAAUAUACAGAAGGUAUAGAUGAAAAACAAAACGUUAUCAGGUGUAUGUGAAGCAAGGUGGACAAAACACAAAAAGAGUGAACAAUAGAAGGAAGGAAACAAGUAGAUUAAAUCGUAGUACCUUUAGCGAUAACUUCCCCUUCUGCGCUCCCACACAAACCAAGCAAACAAAGUAUAUAGAGAAAAAAAAACAAUCUAUCUCCCAUGUUGUCUUCUUACCCCGCCCUAUUGGUUUGUUUCGUUUAUUGUGCGUUCUGCAAUAGAGAGGGAAUGUGGUUUUACGAUGUACUGCGAUCGAUGAACUGAUGUACACACUGAAACACACCCAUUUGUGUAUGCGACACGCGAUCGAUCAGCAAAAGAAACCCACAAGCGAAGUUGUGUACGAAGCGAACUGCGGUUAUCAAAGAUAUAAUAUACGAAAAUCGAUGAUACGAUGAAAAUUAGUUCACCAUUUGUUUUGGUGUAUUAUUAAGUUAUAUUGAGAAGGAUUAGUUAGUUAAUUUUUAAUUGCGCGAUAGAGAGGUUUAGUUUGAUCCGUGUCUUUUUCUGCUCGUCACUUAAUAUUCUGUUAUAUUUUUGGCACAAAAAAAUCGGAUAUGUAGAUAUUCGUUGAUUUGUAUUGAAGCAAUGAUACAGAAUGGUAGCAAAAUA